GUUGACGAGACCCUUGUUUUUGUGCCUCUCUCCAAGCGGAUAACAUGCUAGCACCACAAUUUAUCACUGUCGUUUUCCCUGCCACUCAUCCUUCCAUAUUACGGAGUACAUUGUUAGGUCGUUUCGAGAUACUCCAUAUAUAAUAGGAGAGCUCUCAGUAGUAGCUCUCAGUACCGGCGUUGAGAAAUUCUCCUCCUCUCUAGGAAUAUUACUUCGUAAUACUCCUGGACUAUCCGAACACCAAGAGCUCAACCUUUUCACGAUUGAAUCUCCAUUUUUCUGGUCUUUCCUGCCUCGGAAUUCAUCUUAGAUCAUUAAUCCAUACUUGGUUUCGUAAUCUAGGUGAAUUUUGAACGGAUUUUGGCCAGAAAAUCAGAUUUUGGUUCGCAGUUUUACUGUUCAUCGAACUCAAAACCAGACUUUCGUUUUUGGAUCAUAACUCCAGAUUUACGUAUUGGAUUGGAGCAAGGAAACUUGAUUGGGGUUUGCCAUCCCCUGGCGCACCUCCCCAUCCAUCUCCGGACUCCGGGGAGGGCCGCCGUACCGGAAAAGUAAACUAGCCGUUGGGCGCUAGUACUGUACGCCGGCGGCUACUGUUUUGGAUUUUCCAGCCGACUCCGACGUCCAAUCAGAUUUCUGAGCACAGUCCGGGACUCGUCUUUCCAAGGCGGUCAUUUUGGUACCUGUUGGAGCUCCUGCAACCAAGAAAAUCGAACUGCCAUCACUAUUCAUACCACUAUUCAUUUAGUGCGCAGGUAUGUUUUAGUUAACACUUAUUUUCUUGAGUUUUGCAGGUGCUGGAGAUAAAAGAACUGUACUGUGGUAAUCGCCAACUCAAGGGGAAGCUCUGGUAUUUUUUGGAGAUUUUUCUGGUUCGUUUUCAGAAGGAAGAGGUACUGUUCAUCGUCUUCAACCUCAGGAACACUGUGCUACAGUAACCGGACGGACCCAGGCACUAGUUAGAAGAAUUUUUUGACUACCACAGUGCUCGGACCCUGGAGAAAACUAUACCAUUGUGAUCCCCUGAUCCAAGCGCACCUACCAUAAUUCUUUCAGAAUUUUCUGGCAACUUUCAUUUGUGGAUGUCACUGUUCAUUAUCUUCUUCGUUGAGCCAUGACGAGGAAGAAUAAGCAACAACGGACCCCACCUUUGAAGGAUAAACAGUUUGAAGACAAAAUCAAGAGCUUGUUGGCCAAGCAAGCAGAAAGCUCCCAUGAAGAAGGUCUUACCGGCUUCGGACCCCAUCUUUUCCAACUCAAGUGGGGCUUUUGCAAAGGCACAGGGGCACCCAGGGCCUUCUAAUGAGGUAACCUCAGUGGGCGUGGGAGGCAACAUGGUUGGGGCAUCAAACAACCUUGUGGCACUUGUGGGCACUAAGCCAUCUGCUUCUACUUUGGGUGUGGCUUCAACUCCUGCCGCGACAUCCGGUGCCACAGGGGGACAACCAGGUUAUGUCGUGGCAUCCGAGGCUACAGUUGGACAUCAAGACUAUGCCGCGGCAUCAAUUAAAGGCAUGGUGUCUUAGGGGGCAUAUGCGAAAAAUUACUGGGGCUGGACUCCAACUCCUCUAAGGCCGCAGCAUCAAACGAACUGUCCCUUGCAAUUAAAACCAAUAUCAACAUUGAUGCUCCCAUCAUUGAGACAUCGGACGAGAAUAGUCCACUUGCGCGUGAAGAACCUGAGGGGUCCAUCUCCCUUGGGUCCCAAGACACAGAUUCAGUUGAAGAUGAAGAUGAUUUUGAGAGAGAGCCCUUGACUUAUGCCUCCUUAUUCCGGGACAACCGAGCUCCAUCAAAUGGCCUAAAAUUUGAGUACUUUCCUCCCUCGGGGGAAAAGCUUGAUUUUUCUCAUCUAGAGGUGCCUACCCUAAUUGAGAUUUGGGGUUACUGUUUGGUGGGCCAAUUCUCUGGCCGUUUUCAAGGUAUGAAGGCUAUACUCAACAUGAUCAAGAAAUGGGGUUGAUAGAGUAUAUAGACUCGGACCCCCGGGUCUCAUGACUAUUGGGCCCGGACAGCAGCCCACACACAUCUUACGGAUAUCAUUUGUAUCAUUGUACUGCUUAUAUGUCAUUUGUAUGUAACUAUGUACUAGAUUAGUCUUUUAUGUAGUUGGGCUACCGGGCCCAUAUUAGCGGCCCGGCCCAUUAUUUCUUCUAUAUAUACUCCCUUAGGGAGUUCUUGUAAACCUAAGUCUCAACUUCACAAUACACAUCACUACUAUUCAUCUUCUUCUCC